AUGGGCUAUAUUGAAGUUUCGAGACGUUUCGAGGCGUCGAAUUGCAGGGAUAAGAUAUUCGCCUUGCGAGGUCUGGUAUGCGACCAGGACCGCCUCUUAGAACCUGAUUACGAGCAGCCUGUUCCCGCGGUAUUGAUGAACGUCGUUGAAUUCCUUGUCAGGUCUUGGGCAAACCUGCAUAUCUUGCUCGGAAACCGCUUUGAAGUGAACCCCGACAGUCCAAGCUGGACGCCUGAUCUUGGAAGCCGGUUGAGGGGAGACACCACUUUGAGAAUAUUUAACAAGACGUUCAAAGCAGAUAAUGGCAAAAGGCCGACUGUUAAAGUCGACAAGAGUUUGGGAACUCUAAGCUGCAGAGGCCUUUUACUCGCAGCCACGACAAGAGUCAUUGGUCCUUUCAUACAGGGUCAAAAGCCGGCAGAUGAGGCUGCUUUCUAUCAGGAGCUCAACAGCUGUUUUGGAAAUCAUCAAUUCUUUACGGAAAUAUGUGAUUUCUCUCGCUCCCUCACGGAAACGGACAAAACUCAACUAUGCAGGACUCUUGUCAUGGAUCAUGACUCAACUAUACCUGGGGAAGAUCCCUUAUACCCGGCCCCAGCCGAGUUUGUUAACAUGAUGCAAGCUCUAUUCGAACAGAAACCUGUCCCCGAUAACUUCAUGCCUGAAGCGAGCCGCAUCGAUCGAUUUAUACAAUAUGUUACCCCCUUUUCGAAGUCAAUGGAAAAUGCGAGCUCUAACCGUUGCUUUUUUGUCACUGAGAGUGGGGGCAUGGGAAUGGGGCCAUUCUCGACGAAGCCUGAUGAUAUAAUUGUGGUCCUGUUUGGAAGCCCCUUCUGUCUUGUCCUGCGGUCGGUUCAAGGAACAGAUUGCUAUAGCCUUAUCGGUGAUGCAUACGUUCAUGGUGCGAUGGACGGCGGAUUUGUCAAAGCAGCAAAGCCAGAUGACCAUCGAACCUUCGUACUUGUUUAG